AAAUAAAAAGUCAAAACAGGUUUGACACUAUGGUUGUGAAUCUCUGCUUACCACACUUUCACACAACGACUCACUGCAACAAGCUGUGUGCUGAUGGCUAUGAUGUCACAAACCUGGUAUCAGCUGACCCUGCUGUCCGGAGACGAGGCUUCAAGCUGGAGUACUUCCUCCGUCCACCUGUACAGGUGACAUUGAGGUUCGACUUCCAAGUGGACUUGUGCAGGGUGGACGUGGAACUGUGGCCCUGGGGUAUGGACCGAGGACAGGCGUGCAAGAGACUGGAGAUCAGCACCAGCUCUGAUCCGCCACCUUCCACGAGCCACACACAGGCUCAGCAAAAGGACCAAAAGCAAACGCAGGUAACGGACAAAAAUGAACAAACCAAAGAAAAACAUCCAAAAAGCGACAGUAAAUCUAAGCAGACUAACGGCCACCUGUGGAGUCUUGAGGCUCAGCAGUGGAGUGCACAGGCUCCAGGUGAGCCUCAACAAAGAGGACAUAUGUUUAAACAUCAGUCAAACGCUGCACCCAGUCAGUCAGAGCCAGAAUUUAAACUGGUGGCUCGUUGCGAACUAAGGGAAGAAACCCAGGUCUGCUUUGCACGUUCAAACUUUCGCCCCCGUGCUCCGUUCCUUUCCCCACUUCCUCCGCGACCUGCGAACUGUCGGCAAGAGGACCUGUGGAGCCGGGGUCUGCUCUCCCUCGGCGCCGUGACACAGCUUCGUGUGACUCUGCCGUUUGGUGGUGCAGCGUCUUCUCUGGGGCUGAAGACUUUGGUUGUGUGGGGACAACCGGCUCGUUGCUGCCCCGCGGAACGAGUGGAGAGGAUUCAAAGAGUCCACGAGGCCAGUGAAAGACGGCCGCCACGACCUGGGAUUUAUACCCCGCCUGUCAGGCAAACCACACAACCAUCACAAGUCCCUUCAACGAGUCACUCCAUCCCAGAAGAAUUCCUCGACCCAAUAACGCAGGAGGUGAUGAUGCUGCCUAUGUUGCUGCCCAGCGGCGUCUCUGUGGACAACAGCACCCUGGAAGAGCACCAGAAGAGGGAAGCCACCUGGGGUCGACCCCCGAACGACCCUUUCACCGGCGUCCCGUUCACUUCGACUUCCAAGCCUCUUCCCAACCCGCAGCUGAAGAACCGCAUCGACCACUUCCUCCUGCAGCAGGGGAUGAUGAGGAGGGAGGGGACGUUGGGGAGGCAAGGCCAUGACGAGAACCCGCAGGCCUCAAGACUUAUUGCCUCCAAGGUGCAUGGACAGCCUGAUUCCUCCCCAUCUCUUAACGAAGAACCAGGACUGUCAUCAGAUAAAGGGGAUCCCACGUCUAACACCCAUCAUCUAAGUGCAAAUAACGAGUCUGAGUUGGGCCGCGGAAAGAAACGAGACCUAAGUGACAUUUCUGGAGAAUCAAACGACGUCUUCCCAGGUGAACCACUUCCUCAAACAAAAAGACAAAAAAAAGAUGCACAUUCUGACCCCAGCUCUCACGAGCAGCGUUUGUCAGCCAGUCUGGACGAGGCUCUCCUCUCGGCGCUGCAGGGUCGACCCUCCUUCACGUCAAACUUGCCCCGGCAGAGGCCUGGUUCUGGAACGCUGAAAACCAGCCAGCAGUCGCGGGGUGCAGGCUUUUCAAGCAUGUCUACAGGUGAGAAGAUAUGCUCUGCGUGUUCCUGUUCGCUCUCUGUUUAUUCCACAUCGCCCGUCUACCGCCUAACCUGCGGCCACUUGCUCUGCCGCUCCUGCCUGCACAGGGAAUCGAAGCCUCCAAGCUCUGACAUUAUAUCAGCAUCCGGCAGCAUUUCGUGCCCAACCUGCAAAAACCUGACUCCGCAUGGCAGCGUCCUACGUGUUCAUCACUGACAGAGGGCCUGAGGAAUAAACGGAAACCUUCAAAGCCGGAGCGGAGGCUCGGCAGGACGUGAAUGACAGCAGCCGAAAGUAGGAGAUUCAUCUUCUGCCUCUUAACACUUCAACCUAAUUACCUUUAAGAGCGCGAGUUACUGCGCACAAAGGCGUUAAGCCGAGGCAAGUCAGGCAAACAGCAUUUACAGGGCUCCACAAAACCAACACAAACAGCAUAAUUCGUAUGUUGGUUUCCCUGACAACAUUAAGGCUUAACCAAGGUCAUGAUCCUGUAUCCGCCCGGGUGGGGCGGAGGGGGGCUAAAGCUGGAAUAGGUUGUUCUGCAUGUGAAAUGAAAGCAUGAGCUACAAGUGGGAGAUUAAAAAUAAAUCAGACCGAGUUGGAGAGACAUUAACCACUUCCUCCGUUUGUCGGUGAUUGACUUCACGCUACCAUCACUGUGAAAGCUCAAGUGAAUCAUCAGCUUAGAUUUAUCACAGGUGUCAGGAAAAGUCUGUGGGAAGAUGCCAUUUUUGUAGUGUUGUUAUACUGUUCAGGAGUACAGUAAUGUUUAAUAAACUUAUAGUUUGUAAGUAUAGAAGGACCAGGCUCCCUCACAAUGCUGUGGUGGCAAUUAAAGAAAACCUUCAUACUUCAACCUGAAGCCUCUGAUGCUCAUUUUUGCCAUUCGUCAUUUACUUGUUAAUCAGCAUCACAACAGCUAAUCGGAGAGACGCAACCCUGAGCAUGCAGCGAGCGAGAGGUCAGCAUAAUCAGUCAGGAAUAUGUUUAUCUGAAAUGCUAAUCUUGUUUUGCUCAUUAAUAGUUUGUACCUUACGUCGGGGGGAUAAUUUAUGAGACCCGCUGUUUGUCAUGAUGCCGCCACAGUUGCCUUCAUGUGACAUAAGUCCAAAAAUGUGGCGAACGGUGAUUAGCUUGACAGCUAAACUGCGCAUGAUAUGCAUGAAACGGUCUUCAUCAUGGCUGUAAAUCUAAUUAGUUGUUCACGAGCUCCAAUUAGUUGUGCAUGUUGUGCCAUUUUGUUUGCGUGUCAUGCGCGACGAGCGGGCUGCGGUCAUUAUCAGAAGUAAGUGUGGCGCAGUGUUGAAUACAGAACAGACAUCUCCCGCUGCCACCGCUGUGUUCUCGUGUAGAUUUGUUAGAUGGCACGAAUCUGAUGCAGAGCCACAUCUGACGCGACCCCUCGCGCCCGCGCCCCGCGCACGCCGGUGGCCUUCGGGCGCGCG